AUGGUAGGGGGACGUCAUGAAGAAAAAGCGGUUUUGCUAUGUUUCGUCAUCACGGGAAUCGUCAACUUCUACGUCGCUCCUCACGAGAGGAUCGUGUUGGCAGGGGAUCCGGCCUUGAGCUACCCCGUGGGGAACCAGCAGGUGCCCGAGUCGCUUCUGUUUGUCAUUGCGUACUUCGUUCCCAUCGCCAUCAUCUUCUUCGUCUCCAGCUCUCUUGACAAGUCAGACUUCUGCGUCUCCUUUCUCGCUCUCUCGCAGUCAGUCAGCCUCACUCUCAUGUCCACCACGAUCGCCAAGAAGUUCGCCGGGAGGCCGCGCCCCUGUUUCUUCGCCAUGUGCGGCUGGGUGGCCAACCAGACCGGGCAUCGAGGAGCCGCAGGUCACUGCACAGGGACGACGCUCAAGGUGUGGGACUCGCGGCAGUCGUUUCCUUCAGGGCAUGCCUCCUUCUCCAUGGCGGGGUUGGGAUUUCUCGGUCUCUACCUUCUGGACAAACUGGAAUGUCAAGCGCGGCAGCAGCGGCUGCUGAGCCCGAUACAGUACCAAGUGGGACAAGUCGUCUCCUUCGUGCCCUUCGCUCUUGCCGUCUGGAUCGCCAUAACACGCACGAUGGACUACUGGCACAACUUCGAUGACAUCCUUGCCGGAGCUGUGCUGGGGUUUGCCUGGGGACAGUACUGCUUCAGUCAGCGAGGGAGGUUGAGGAACAUUGUAGUAGACGAUAGGAGAUCGCAACAGCGAAGCACUCAGGAAGAUCGAACAGGUUUUAUCAACAACGAGAAUGGGGCAGAAGCUGCAUGA